AUGUCUCAGACUUAUUCUCAACCCCAAUCUUCGGUCCCGAGUGAAUAUGGGCCCACCAAGCAAGAGGCUCCUGCCUACCCGCAAGGCUUGCAUCAACUUCCAAGCAAAUUCCAAUUCGGUCUCUUUGACUGCUUUUCACCAUUCAGCACUUGCUUCUUGACAUGUUGUUGCCCAUGUGUCACCUUUGGCCGCAUCAAGGCCCGCGAGUCGGGUGAGAAGGAUCCCAGCGGUAUCAAUGGCAUGUGUGCAUUGCACUGCCUUCUUCUCUACUGCGGUGUCGCUCCCGUCCUCCAGUUUGUGAACCGCAUGUCGAUGAGGGAGAAGUACGGCAUGGAGUCUAAUGGAUGCGGUGACUGCUUGACAGCCUUCUGCUGUGCUUGCUGCGAGCUCAUUCAGGAGGAUAAGGAGACCAUCAUUCGGACCACUGGCAUGGACCCCAAGACCGAGCAGCCAUAUGUUCCUCCUCAGGGUAUGACCUACGCCUAG